UAAAAAAAGCUAAUGUUUAGAAUUGCAUCAUGGAGCGCUUUCUCACGCGAAUUUUUACAUCACUAUGCUUUAUAUUCGCUGUAACGGGUAUUUUGGUAUUUGCUUUUGGUAUUUUUUUCGAGGUAAAAUAUGGACAUGUUAUAGGAAGAGUGUCUUUAGAUGACACCGGUAUUGCGACACCCAAGAAUUUAUUCGCGGCUUCAUCUGCAAUAUCGAUUUCAGUGGGACUGAUAAUAUUUUUCGUGUCUUUAUGUGGUUGGCACGGAGCCCGUGAUGGAAAUAUCUGCAUGUUGAAGAUCUUCAAAUUUGUAUUGUUCGCUGUUAUUAUCUUAUACUUUGUACUCACGAUAUUGGCAAUAGUGGCCGCCUCUUCACUAGAGAUGACAAUUAUGCAAUCAGUAGAAUUUAUGUUUUCUACCUAUAACUCGAACAAAGAGCCCAUUGAUCACAUUCAGCAGUAUGGAGAAUGCUGUGGCGUUAAAUCCUACUUGGAUUGGUCAAAAAAUGAAAAUUGGGUGAACACUGCUUCACAGCUUUCAUUAAACAGCACAGCUCAAUGGUGUUGCCAUCAUCUUGUUGCGUUGAACUUCCAAAAGAUUCCGAACAACUCUGCGAAACGUCGUCGGUAUUUUAUGAAAAUGGAUGUGGAUAUAAAAUCUGGUUCAUUAUCAAUGACAAUUCAAAAUUCAUCAAAGCAUUUGGAAUUUUCUUUACUAUUACUCUUAUCAUUGGUAUCGCUAUAACAAAUAAACAAUUGAAGAAGAUUCAUGAUGGUGAAAUGGAUAGUAUUGAGGAAAUACCACAAAACAGAACUCCCUGAUAUCAUGAUUGCAGUUUAAAUAAAUAUUCAAAAAAAUACGUUUCUUU